AUGAUAUUAAUUCUUCUGCCUGAAACGCAUCAAUAUUUCGUUUUACAACGUCAUCAGCAAGCACUAGUAAGCGUUACAAUAGAAGCCGAUCUGAUUCAGAAACCAGUUUUUGCAGCUCCAUGGAAACCAUUAGCACCUUUAGCCGAUUUAAGUAUUGCACCUUAUGUUUUGUUAAUGACAGUUGUAUUUACUACAUUUUUUAUGAGUCUAAUUGCAUUUCCCGACCAGUUAUCCCCAAAGCCAUAUAAUCUUAUUGAAGUAAUCAUUGGUUUCUGCUAUAUUCCUAGCGGUAUAGAACUUCUCAUUGGUUGCGUUUCAGGUGAUUCAUUAGCUGAUAGAGCAGGUCGAUAUUAUUCAGGUAAGAUACCUGGAAGCCGCUUAAUACCAGCGUCAUUCUGUGCUUUCUUUGUACCAGUUGGUCUUUUGUUUUAUGGUUAGUCACUGCAUUUUAAACUAGAUUUAACUCUACUAUUAAUAGCAACAUUUGUUGUGGCAGCGUCAUUCGGUGCUUUUUUCCUACCAGUUGGUCACUAGAUUUUAAAUACGAUGUAAGUGUGGUGCACUAACCUUUGGAAAGAAUCGCCUGGUUGUAUUUGAGUGAUAUUUAUUGCGAAAGUAAAACUCAUAAAGUACUCUUUUAUUUGACGAAAAAAGACAUCUUCUUUUUACAAGCGCCAGAAAUUAAAGUUAGUCAAACUCGAAAUGCGACUUUCUACAAGUAGAACAUAAAAGGCGACACACAGUGAUGAACAUUUGUGUUGAAAACGCGCUUUCAAAAAGUUAUGAUGGAUAUAAACGCGUUUCUCACCAAUUAUUGAUGGUAAAAACGCGAUUCUAAUUAAGGCGUAUAUUUAAAGCUCAAGAAAUUCGCCGUAUUCAUGGUGAAACUAUAUAUUCUCACGCUCUACGAAUGCUGAAACCGCGUUAAAACGAAUUUUCAACAGAUAUAGGUGACGGACUGGGUGACACGACGACGUUUUAAGCUGUGAUCUGUUCUUCUUUCGACCUUUUCUUGCGCCUUCGUUUGUUACAUAGAAGAAUAUAUUACAGGUAUUUUCUUGAUAUAUAAGACUAUAUUCCGAAUCUUUAGAAAAAAAAUGUCUCGAAUGGUAUGUGCCAUCAGAUGUUUUCGGGAAGGAUAGUAAUAAUACUGAUAGUCUAAACACAGAGUGAUAUAGAUUCCUAUAUAGC